AGGUCCAAUGAGAGAAUCGGUCAAAGUACAAGAAGAAGAAAUGAAAGACGUUGCACAGUCAAUAGAUCCAGGGUUGUCUCACCAAAAAGGAUCUCUUCUAACUCGAUCUUUUCGGUUAAGGAAUGAAAUGGUUCGCGUGGGACUUGCUGAAUCUCUGUGCACAUAUGUAAUGAUGGUGUUUGGCCUGGGCUCUGUGGCACAGGUUGUGACUGGACAAGGAGCAUUCGGACAUUACAUAAGUAUCAACCUGGGCUUUGGGCUGGGUGUUGCAAUAGGAGCUCACGUCGGAGGGAAAGUUUCAGGCGCUCAUAUGAACGCAGCGGUGUCCUUUGCCAUGUGCGCGUUUGGGCGCCUCGCAUGGAAGAUGCUCCCCCUCUAUAUAUUUUCACAGCUAUUGGGCUCCUUUUUUGCAGCAGGGACAGUUUAUGCUGUGUAUUAUGGUGAGGACACACACCAUGAACAAGAACAAUUGGUCCUGACCAAUUUGUUUUUUCAUACUAAAUGUUCUGAUUACUUACUGUUUUUGUUUGCAGAAGCAAUACACGACUAUUGUGGUGGAAAUCUGACUGUCACCGGUGUAAAGGCUACUGCCAGUAUCUUUGCCACCUAUCCCGCACCGUACCUCUCCUUGUUGGGUGGAUUCAUUGACCAGGUAUUUGGCACAGCCAUGCUUCUGCUGUGCUUGAUGGCUUUGUCUGAUCAGAAAAACAAACCAGCCCCAGCAGGCAGCGAGCCGACCGCCGUUGGUCUCUUGGUGCUUCUCAUUGGCAUUUCUCUGGGCAGCAACAGUGGCUACGCAAUCAACCCCACCAGAGACAUCGGGCCGAGGCUCUUCACGUCCAUUGCAGGCUGGGGGCUCGACGUGUUCAGGGCUGGAAAUGGUUGGUGGUGGGUACCCAUUGUUGCCCCUAUGAUUGGAGGUGUACUGGGGGCGGGGAUCUACAAAGUCUUAGUGGAGCUUCACCACCCUCCACUCUCUGAACAUUCUAGUGCACGGAUAAAACAGUUUGAGACGCUGCCGUCGGAAAAGCAAAACAUUGAUAAUAAUGUUUGUGUGUGAGGCCCCCAAUUAAUGAGACAUACUGAUCAUCUCAAGCUGUGUGCACAUGCGCAGUUGAAACAUUCCAAGACUGCUCUGUUAUGACGAUCCACAAAGAAUGACACAAAUACGGGAUUUGCACUUAUUCACUUGUACUUGUUUAGUCACUCUAUUUGCAUCGCUUGUUAAGACUGCUUUUUUUAAGUAGUUAGUCACAGGCAUGCUCUUUAUUAUAUGCAAAUCUUCAACAUCCUGUUUACAGACAGGAGUGAGAUGUUGGCCAAGUUGAAAGUUAAAACAGUUUUUUUUAUGACUCGAGGUUGCAGUAUUUUAUUGUUGAUGCCAAAGAUGAAGUAGCUGGCCUAACUUUGGAAUAAUUGAGUAUUACACUAUUACAAUCAAAAUACCUCAUUUAAGAGACUACAGCAGCAAUUUUAAUAUUAUGCAGAGAAAUAAGUGCUCAUCUGUUAUUUGUUCAUGCAGAGCAGAGCAAACGUAAAAAUAUUACCUUGUCAUAUGACAUGAUGACGAUGAUAGCAGCCACUAGAAAAGAAUUUAUUAAAGAAAAAAAAAAUGCUUCUUUAAAGACAUUUAUAUAACACGGGUGGCACAGUGGUUUACCCUUUUCCCUGAAUAUCUACCUUUUACAUCACAUCUGCCUCACCGUUCUGGGGAUUGGGGUUCACAUCCUGGCCCUGCCUGUGCUGAGUUUGCAUUUUCUCCCCGUACCUCCGCGGGUUUUCUCCAGGUACUCCGAUUGCUCCCACAACCCAAAAGACAUGCGUGCGAGGCUGAUUGACGACUACAAAUUGCCCAUAGGUGAGAAUGUGAGUAUGUUGAAAUGUGACCUGCGAUUGGCAGGUGAUCAGUUCAGGAUGUACCCCGCCUCACGCCAAAAAACAGCCGUGAUAGGCUCCAACAUGCCUGCGACCCUGGUGAGGAUAAGUGGUACAGUAAAUCGAUAUAUACAUAGUCAUUAGCACCUGGUAAUAUUAAAAUCUGACAUUGUGAGAUUCAUGGUGUCAGGUAUCAAUCAUGUGAACAGGAAUAGCAGCCAAAUUUUAUUUUCAAUCAUCUAGUCGAAAGUAUGAUAGUUACUUUAUUUUAUUUUUUGGUAUACAUAUAUUGUAAUUGAUACAAUACAUUCAAAAUUGUAAUAUUUACAACAACAAUUGCUCCAGAAUCAAUGUGAAAUGUUAACACACUUAUCUCUUACCUGUUCUAAAUGAAGAAGAUUUUACAUCUUGCACGACUUACAAGGAAUAGUUCCUAUGAACAGACAUGUCUCUUGUUCUUUGUUCUGAAUGUCGUACCAUGGCGGCACCGACUGCCGGAGAAAAAUUCCUUAUGUUUUUUUUUUUUUUAAA